UCGACAAAAAGUUAAAUAAUAACUAUUUCAGUUGGGUCGUGUGGAAAAGCUCUCAGUACAAGUGUGGUUUUGUGAUUGUCUAUAUAAAGGGAAAUAUCUCUUGAAGAAUAUAUCAACAUGCCUAACUGUCCGAAAUGCGAGAAACCAGUUUACUUUGCUGAACGAAAAACAUCCCUAGGAAAAGACUGGCACUCAGGAUGCUUGCGGUGUGAAAAAUGUAACAAAACCCUCACUCCUGGAAAUCACGCCGAACGUGAAGGGAAACCUUAUUGCCAUAACCCUUGCUACUCCGCACUCUUUGGACCUGGUGGCUUUGGACGUGGUGGAGCAGAAAGUUAUGUUUACAAGAAAUAAACGAACCAGAACUUGUUAUAUAUAUUACAUUAAGUUUUAUAAAAAUUAUUAAUGACUAAACUGUAUUUUUUUGUAUGGAAUAUUAUUAAAACUUCUUGACUGA